AUGACUGAACUUCAGGUUAUAAAGCCCUUGCUUCUGGGCUCUGGAAGAUGGUACGAGGAUUCAGUGUUUCACGUCAACGCUUUUGGGUUCCCGCCCACAGAACCCUCUUCUUUCACCAGGGCUUAUUAUGGCAAUAUAAACUUCUUUGGCGGGCCGUCCAGCACUACGGUCAAAGCAUCGGCCAAACUGAAGCAGCUGGAGGAGGAGAACGAGGACGCCAUGUUUGUGAUCGUGUCAGACGUGUGGCUGGACCGUGUGGAGGUUCUGGAGAAGAUCCAAACCAUGUUCUCAGGUCCAGUGAAUCUCUUGCGUGUUUUAGUUUGUGCUCCCAAAUUUGCUGAUACAGAUCAUAUGCUGAUUGCCUACAGCUCUCAGAUUGUGCUCAGAUACGAUUCUAACACAGAGAACAAGCUCUGGACUUAA